UAAUUAACCAGAAAUUAAAUGAUAGUUACGUAUUGAUCCCAUGUUCAUUCAUCAUUAAUCAUUCAUGAUGGUCCAUGUAUUUCAUUCAGUUACUAUAUUAGUUCAUGAUUUGUACUUGAGUAGUAACUGAGUUACUAAGUUACCUGUGCUCUCUCAAGUGAAGUGUUUGUUAUAAAUUGCGCCAAUAUUCAAACUUAACCUGUAUAACCUGUUUUUAACAAAAUUUCUAAACUGUAUCAUAUAAUUUACUGGCGAUGCAUUGAAUUCCAAUGAUGUUAUUUAUCAAUUUGAUCCUUUUCUUCUGCACCGUGGGGUUGCCAACUUUGGUCAGCUGACUUGAGUGAGAUUUUAAUUUUGAGACAAGUCUGCACACGUAUUUACAUGUAUGUAAGUUAUUACAUUGUAAAUAGUAUAGGGUUUACAAGCCACCUCAAUGCUUCUGAUGUGGCUAAUUUUAGGUUUAUAAUAGAAUAUAUAUUUGCCGUAAUAUUUCCUGCGUGAACGUGAGUCUGAAAGUGUGUCACGACAGAUACGUGAGAGCUGGCAGCUUCCAGCUUCAUUGUGAAGUUGCUGUUCCCCCUAAUUUACUUAACUUUAGUCCUAUUAAUACAUUACUAACCUACUCGUAAGCCUAAUACUGAGCACGUUUUGAUGGUUGACAGGGAAAUGUAGAAGCCAUCAGGGCUGUGGGGCGAUAAAGACGAUGCCAACCGACCGUUUGUGUGAUUUGCAUACAUUUCCCCAGCGGACAUGGAGGUUGGGCAGCUCUUAUCCAAGUUGCAAAGGCCGGGUCGCGGUAAUGGAAACGCGCGCUGAACGAGACAGAUGCGCCCCUUUGUCCGUUUAACAGAAACGAUGCCAAGGGUGUAACGCCUCUUCCACCUUGCCAUCACGCUCAGUUAUUUUUAACAGUCACCGCUGUAUAAUUCUUGGCGGGAGGCGCCCAUUUAAAAGGAAUAUUAACAAAUAGCAUGUAAAUGUGGAAGCUGGUAGGAUUUUUAGAAAGGGGGUUGACAUGCAUGUUUUGUUUAUACUCUUCUUUUUUAUUUACUAUUUAAAAAUAGUUUCACAAAUCUUAGCAUUAAAAAAUCUGAAAUAUAUUAGCCUCAUGUGGGAAUAAUAUGAAGAAAUAUCCUUUGAAAAUAACUACACUUUGAGUCAGUCAUAUAUGUUUCCAAUAUAAAAAAAAUAUAUUAAAUGACGGUGUGUGUCCUUGCUUUGGGUCAUGGUUAGUUGUGUCUUCAUCUAUUUAUACAGUUUUGUCUCAUAAAAUGUUAUUAAACAUCUUUUAAUCGAUGAGUAGCUAAUAAUAUUUAAUAAUAUUUGUUUGCCAAGUAUCAUUUUAUAUCUGAAUAUGAAUAAAUAAAUAGUCGAUAUACAACAGGCAGCGUCCAAGUGCUUUAUAUAGGGCGUAUAUGCGUCGGUCCAGUUCAGAAUCCACUCCGGGUCGCAGCUACUGCCCUCCCGCGCACUCGCUCCCGAGGCUGGGAUGCGCGCUUAUAACAGCGCACUUCUUCUGAAGCGGUCACAAAUAAUCGCGAUACCUCGAUUGCUGGCGGAAUGACCCGAGCGCCCAGUGCGCAAGAUAUGUUAUGUACAAAGCCAAUGACUUCACUCGUGUACAUAGUACAUUAAAUUGAACAGCAAGUUUAUAUAUACAAGUAUAUUUUCUUGUCUUAUCUGACAUUGAUGGUUGAAGGUGGACUAAACUUUCCGUUGUGCUGCUCUCACACAGUUUUUUUUACAGUAGGUGUUCCCAGGUGAUGAGCUCACUGCUCUUCCCCAGGUGCGGUAUGAAGGAUCGUGAGUCAGUGGCUCUCCUGCACUACACAGGCACAGGCUCAGCAAAGGUGACCGGUCCAUUUUCCUCAGCGAGCCUCCCGGCCUCAUUCCCCACGAUGGGCAAGCCCCAGCCGUUCAGCCUCCCCCCCGGCCCCCAGCUGCUUGCUAGCAGGCAGCUUCAGAAGCUCAACAGUCACUAUCAGAGCUUGGCAAGUGCCGCUACCCCAACUGCCGGACCGCCCAGAAGCUACGGACCGGCAGUCGCUGCGGGCCCCGGACACAUGGUACCGCCACCUCUCGGGACCUCCCCGGGACCUGGACUCAUUGAUUCUGACCCAGUUGAUGAGGAGGUUUUGAUGUCUCUGGUGGUGGAGUUGGGGUUAGACCGGGCCAAUGAGCUUCCAGAGCUAUGGCUGGGCCAGAACGAGGUGGAGUUCAUCUCGGAUGUUUCUGCCUUAUGAUGUGCGUGUGAUCUCCUACCCGACAUGGAGAGAGAGCCAGUGUGGCUUAGCCUGACUGCGAGUGCCUGGGAAUGGGGGUCAAGUUCCCUGCUGAUGUGAUGAUGACAAUUCAGAGGACGGCAGUCAGCUGAGGACAGCGUUCCUGCAACAGGCAGCAUGUUUCUGCUUUUCUAACGGCCUUGUCUGCGUUUAAGAAAGGGGGGGGGGGUGAGGUCAAGUGAAGAGAUGCUGAGAAGCCUGGGGAUCCACAACAAUCCCUGUGGGACGACCAACUCCUGCUUGUGAACCUUAAACAACUGUGUCCUGUAGACCCACCACUGACGUUUGCCAUUUACACCCUAACAAGUCAGGCUCACUUGGCGAAAUUUUGAAUCCAACAUAUUCCACGUGAAACUGACAUGGGGGGUGAAACCAAGGAAGAUGAGCCGGACGGUUCUACCAAUGCUGACUGUUUGCUCGCUCUGACGGAGUCUUUUCUUCUUUAGCCACCUCACCUAUUUACUGCCUACACACAAUCACAUACAAUAAUGAUGAAAAUCCAAAGAUCAGCACUUGUAUGAUGAUAUUCACUGUGUUUGGAAUGGAUAUCCCACAUGUGGGGUGGGGUGGGGGGGAGUGUUCCCAUAGGCCUGAAACCAAAGGCUGGGGAUUAACAACAAAAAGAAAAAAGACAUGUAAUCAGUGGCAGGGGCUUACUUCCUGGGAGGUGGUGUUUGGAGAUGACUAAAUAGGAGCUAGUGACUGGAGUUUAGUGACUGGGGCUCUUAUGACUGGACACUGGUCACUCGAGCUUAUUGGUUGGGGGCUGGUGACCUGGAGAUACAGACUGAGGCUUUGUGAAUGGGAAUUGCUGACCAGUGAAAAGUGACUAAUACCAUACUGCCAUCGAAGCAAAUCAUGGGAGAGAUCAGUAAGACAUAUCAAUCAGAGUGGCUCUUCACAGUUUUCUUCUGGGUGGGGGUGGGGUGUUACAGAAUUACAUUCUUAUAACUGGAUCUCUGAAUCUCUGCACCAAUGACACGGGGAGCAUGGUUGGUUGAGGUCAGCCACGUUUUGAAAAACAAGGCAAAUUGUGAAUACUAUCAAAUAUUCCCAAAAUAAUUGUUCAGAAGUUCAGGAGUAUGCCGUUUCCAGUUGCUGGACUGCUGGAUCGUCUGUCCUGUGUAUCGUGCAUCUCUAAGGAAGAGAAUGAGAAAAGAAGUGUGUGUUGCUUUGCGUGUGUGUGUGUGUGUGUGUGUGCGUGCACAUAUUAGCUUUAUUGUGGGUUUUGCUAUCAGAAACUUCCACACGGAACAAAAGCGAUUUGCCAGUGAAAACAUGCCUGUUGAGUUUGCUAUGAGGUAUUGUAUUAGCAAUUAGCAUGUGAAAAGACUGGCUUAACUGACCUCCACUGUUUUACUGUCUUAGUUUUAAGUAUCAUAAAUCAUCUGUUUUUUCUUUUCCUAAUGCUGAGUCUCCCAGCGGAGACUGCAUGAGUGAAAAUAAUUUGAAAUCACUGUUAAUGAAGUACAUAAAACCAUGUGAAUUUCAUUUGGUACCCAUGAUUUGUUGUUUAUGUCAUUAUUUGUUUAUUGGUCUUCUGAAAGGGCGUGAUGACGUUCAUGGUGUUUCGCCUGUUUCUCAUCACACUUUCUUAUGAAAAUCAUUAUCACUUUAAAUUUGCUUAGCACUUUCCCAAUGUUGUAUUUUUAAUAAAUAAUGCAAACUUGCUUAACUGUGUUAAGAUAUCUGCGGCUUACUGCAUGAUUUAAAAAUAAAUUAUACAAAACUGGA